AUGGACGGCGCAAAGAACUGGUACAACAAACAAUACGAGAACUGGGUGCCGUGGAUCGAGGACAAGGUGUUGGGAUGGUGGGGUGAGAACAAGACUAGUUACGUUGCAAAAGACAAGCUCGGCCAAACGAAAAUCACGGGCGACAAGAACGUCGACGCGGUUCAGGACGGUGUCAAUGAGGGCGUCGGCGGGCAGUUGGGCAAGGGCGGCGUCCUCGAGGGCGUAGGGAACUUGGCGUCCAAGGAAGUCUUUACUCGUUCGGAACGGAAGGGGAAGAACGACAAGGGCGGGUACAUUUGA